CAGCCCGCGACCACACAACCCACCGCCAUGAGGGAAGAGAAGUGACUGGACCCCCAGCUACAGCCGGAUGAGAUCUGAAUAAUUCCAGACCGAGAAUAGAGACUGGACCGACCAUGGGAAGGACCCAGCGGCCUCCCCCAGGACAGCACCCGCACUGUCAGAACUGCUUCAACAAGCGAUGCAAUGCGCCUAUCAAUACAAGCAUCUCCUGCCUGGUGAUCAGCUGUAGACUGCACUGCGGUGCUGCCUUCCACAUGUGCAAAGAGGAAGAACAUCUCCUCCUGUGCCCCAACGAGUGGGUGCCCUGUCUGAACUCUGGGUUCGGCUGCCCCUUCUCAAUGUCUCGGUGUAAGCAGGCCAAGCAUCUGAGAGUCUGUCCGGCCAGCGUGGUCUGCUGCUCCAUGGACUGGAAUCGUUGGUCGACUAUCGACAAGGACCAGACCCUCUACAAGAAUCUCCUGCAGGAAGAGGGUGGAGAGGAACAUCUGGACGUGGCCCUGACAUUGAGAGACCAGGAGAUACUAUUCAGCUCCCUCAAAAUGGCUAAACUUUACCCAGAACUCUCGGAGGAUCCUAAGGACACGAUAACUAUAAGUCCAUCUGAGGUGGAGGAGGAUGGGGGAGCAGUUGGGGGGUCUGAUCCAGAGAAUGUGGGGAAUGUAGAUGUGAGCAACGGGCAGAUGGUUGGACUGAGUCAGUAUGAGCGCGAGGCCUUGGCUCGGGGACAGGGUGGGUUGGAUUUAGAUAAAUUUAAGAGGUGGGACACUAUAUUUAGCAAAGAGAUGAGUACAAACCAAUAUCUGGAGGCCAAUAUUGGACAGACCCCCAGCAACAAGGUCCCUGACUCAAGCAAAUCACCCGGGAACGAACCCAACACAGAGAAGAGCCAAGAACCUGAUGACGGCAAAAGGUCAGAAGACGCUAGAAAGCUGGAGAUGGCCGAUCUGGAGAAGACUGGGUUUGCUCCGUGGCAGGAGGGCGUCCUGGAAAGGCUGAAAACCGAGGUAGAUUGUGGCAGCUACAACAUGUAUCUGGUGCACCAUGGCAGCAUGCUGAUACGAUUCGGACAAAUGGCUGCGUGUACCCCCAGAGAGAAGGACUUUGUCUACGGCAACCUGGAGGCCCAGACAUUAAAGACCGUCUACAGCUUCAAAGUACCCACAAGCUACUGCGGCAGGAGGGCCAGACUGGCAGACGACAGCCACAAGAAGGUGAAAGCUGAGAAGCUGGUGGACACCUCCGACCUAGGAGUCCCGGUGGACAACCUGCCCCUGACUGACACCAUUUACACUACUUUGUUGGUGGCCCUCGAUAGGGAGCUGAAGGGCCACAGCGUAUCUCAGAUGAAUGCCCUGGAUGGCUUGCUUAUUGACUUUGGAACACAGACCUAUGACUUUGGAGCAGAACCUUUCACCAACAAGACAGUUUUAUUGGAUCUUCUGAUUGAGAAGAACAUGAAAAGUCUCGGUCUGUACUUGGACAUUGAGGGUGAGUGUGUGACCUCGCGGCACAACAAGUCAAACUCCUCCUUCACCUUCUCCUGUAACCUCUUCUUCCGCCGGGAUGAGUUUGCCGACCAUUAUAAGAAUGUCCACUCUGACAUACAGACCUGCCUGGGCGGAUGGUUCCAGCAGCGUUGUCCAUUGUCUUACUUGGGUUGCACAUUUGUACAGAACAGGUUUCAGGCUGCGAGACAAAGGUCUCAGGUCAUCUACAGCAAGAACAUGAAGACGUUUGCAAUGAAACCGCUGGUGGAUUGUGCUUUAUAUGAAGGUGUGAGACCAAAUAUGUCAAGAAGCCAUCGAGGGAAGAGCAAGGACUCUCUAAGCAGCCUGCCCCUGGAGGUCCUACAGCAUAUUGCAGGGUUCCUGGAUAGCUUCAGCCUGGGUCAGCUCUCGCAAGUGUCUUCGCUAAUGAGGGAUAUCUGCGCCUCAUUGUUACAGGAGAGGGGGAUGGUCCACCUGUACUGGGAGAAGAAGACUUACUCGCAUGGUGGAACUUCAUGGAGAUGUCGGAAGAAGGUCUGGAAUUUCAGCAGCCUAUUCUCCCCGGUGCAGCAGUGGACGCUCGCCGACAUCUCGGCCAUGUCUGAACACCUGAAGGUUUGUCCCUAUAACACCCCAGAGCAGAAGAAGGAACCCUACCAGCUCCCCAGCCUGUACAACCAGGAGCAGAAGAAGGAGGAGAGUCUACUGACCCUGAAGAGACGACUGCGGCCAUGACCGACGCCUUCCCCCGAGUCGGGAUAAACUUUAUGGGGAAGAUUUAGAGUUUCUCUUUAGUGGAUACGUUUUACAAAUAGCUCAGUCACACUUAAAGAAUCCGGCGGCCAUUCUUCAUGCUUUCUUGCCUGCAGCAGGAUGGUAGCUUAGGGUGUGAUCUAGUUUGUGGCAAACAAUACAGUAGCCAUAUAACCCAAUAUUAAACCGCCAUAUAACCCAACGAUACAGCCACCAUAUAACCCAACAUUAAACCGCCAUACAACCCAACGAUACAGCCACCAUAUAACCCAACAUUACAGCCACCAUAUAACCCAACAUUACAGUAGAGCUAGACGGUAUGAGCAAAAACGUGUAUCACAGUAUUUUGGUAAGUGAUGGCGGUUCCACGGUAUUUAACGGUAUCCACCCCCCCAUGUGUCCUGAGCGCUGCUUCUCUUCCAACACUCCCCC